AUGUCACCAACAGAAUUAUACAAACCACCCCAACUCCCCCACCCCUUCACAAACACCACCACGCCGCCCGAACUCCUCACUCAAGGCGCCGAAGCGCACCUCUACAAAACCUUCUCCCUGAAUCCGUCCAUUCCAGCCGCGCUCAAAAUCCGCCCCUCAAAACCAUACCGCCACCCCGUUCUCGACCGCCGACUCACCCGCCAGCGCGUUCUCCAGGAAGCGCGAUGUCUCGCGAAACUCGUCAGAGAGGGCGUGAACGUGCCCGCGGUUUUGGCGCUGGAUUGGGAAGGCCAAUCGGGUGAAAGUGGUAACGGAGGGGCGUGGUUGCUUAUGGAGUGGAUUGAGGGGUUCCCUGUGAGGGUUGUGCUGGAGCGGUGGGAGGGGUGGAUGAAGAGGGCCCAGGCUCAGUUGGCGGAGGAUGCGGAAAGGCUUGCGGAGGAGGAGAAUCGCGUGCGGGAUUUGAUGAAGAGGAUUGGAAGGGUCGUUGGGGGGCUGCAUAAGGCUGGUGUUGUUCAUGGGGAUUUGACGACGAGUAACCUCAUGCUGCGGCCGGGGGUUGGAGACGCACAACUGGGUUCUGACGAUGCUAGUCCGUCCAUGGAGGGGGAUGUCGUUUUGAUUGAUUUUGGGCUUGCGGGGCAGAGUAACCAGGACGAAGACCGGGCUGUUGAUCUAUACGUGCUGGAGAGGGCAAUUGGGAGUACGCAUCCGAAGACGGAACGGUUCUUGGAGGAAAUUCUCCAGGGUUAUCGCGAGGCGUAUAAGGGUGCCGGGUCUACUUUGAAACGGUUGGAAGAUGUGAGAUUGAGAGGUCGCAAGAAGAGUAUGAUUGGAUGA